UUGGAUGGUAAAGUUGCGUUGGUGACUGGUGGUUCGCGUGGUAUAUCUAAAGGCAUAGCACUGCAACUAGCCGAAGCUGGUGCUAAAGUUUAUAUUACUGGUCGUAAGCACCAAAAUCACACUAAGACGCUACCUAGAUUGGAGAAUACAGCCGAUGAAAUACGGAAAAGGGGUGGCGAGUGUGUAGUAGCCCACUGCGAUCAUUCAGAACCGAAACAGGUGGAAGAACUGUUCAGAAAGAUAGCUUCUGAAAAUGCUAGUACAUUGGAUAUUCUUGUCAAUUCGGCGUUCGCUGGCAACCCGGUAAAUAUAGAAAGAAACGGUGGAAGAAAGUUUUAUGAAUGUGACCCCCUGUUUUGGGACGAGGUUAAUAACGUGGGGCUUCGUAACGUUUAUAUUUGUUGCGUGUAUGGCGGGCGCUUGAUGGCUGCGAAACAUCGUGGUGUUAUAAUUAACAUAAGUUCUGCAGGAGCGAUCCAGUAUUUCUUUAACGUUCCAUAUGGUGUAGGUAAAGCUGCGGUAGACCGCAUGUCAGCAGAUAUUGCUUUUGAACUAAAGAAUGUUGGGGUGACAGCUGUGUCUCUAUGGCCCGGAACAGUCAAAACCGAAACAUCAAAAGAUUUGAUUUAUUCUGGAAAAUUUACAAGUAUAGCUAUGAAAAUGUAUGAAAGUGGGGAGACACCGGAAUUUGUUGGUAGAGCCGUCGUUGCACUAGCUUCUGAUACCAGUAUUCAGAAGAAAAGUGGGAAGGUGUUGUUAACCGGAGAUUUGUGUAAAGAAUAUGGGUUUACUGACAUUGACGGCAAAGUUCCUGCAAACAUGAGGAGUUUGAAAAGUGCAUUGGAGUUUUUCGGCUACUCAAAAGCUGCUAACUGGGUUCCGCCAUUUCUCAAUAUACCUUCUGUUGCGCUACACUUGUCUACAUAUAAAUUUUGA